UCAUUUUAUUUACUUUUGUAUGAACCUUUACGUUUUUGAUGAGUUUUGAUUACUUUUGUUACAAUACUUAAUUAAGUUAAAAUGUUAGAUUACGUAAAACGCGUUAUAUUAGUACUUUCUGGCAAAGGAGGAGUUGGGAAAUCAACGGUUAGCACUCAAUUGGCGCUAACUUUGAAAGAAAGAGGUUAUAAGGUUGGUUUACUCGACAUUGACUUAUGUGGGCCCAGUGUGCCCUUUAUUCUAAACUUAGAGAAUCAAAGUGUCCACCAGGGGCCCGAAGGAUGGAUCCCGGUGUACUUAGACAACGAACAGAGGUUGGGCGUUAUGUCCAUCGGUUUCCUGCUGGGGUCAAGAAACGACGCAGUUGUGUGGAGAGGCCCGAAGAAGACAUCAAUGAUCAAGCAAUUUCUAGAAGAUGUUUGCUGGCAAGAACUUGACUUUCUAAUCAUUGACACUCCACCAGGCACGUCAGAUGAGCACAUCACAGUUAUGGAGAAUCUGCGUCAAGUACCACAGUGUGGUGCAAUCCUGGUGACCACACCUCAAGAAGUCGCCAUAGAGGAUGUGCGCAAGGAGAUUACAUUCUGCAGGAAGACUGGGAUACCUAUACUGGGGAUCAUUGAGAAUAUGAGUGGCUAUGAAUGUCCAACCUGCAGCGAAUGUACAAAUAUAUUUUCGAGUGGAGGUGGCAAGUCAUUGGCUGAUAUCUCUAAAAUACCAUUCAUGGGUAGCGUGCCAAUAGACCCUAGAGUCGGCAAGCUGGCAGGCCAAGGUCUGGCAGCCGUCAAAGAAUUGCCAGAGUCAACAACCAGUAAGGUAUUCACAAAUGUAGUGGACCAGUUGGCAAAUGGAGGACUAUGAGGUGAAGAUUUUAAUACAUCCAGCUAGGAAGCACAUGCCAAGAAAUAUAGAUAUUAUAAAUUAUUUUAUGAGCAUUCUUUACUACAUAAAACAAACUGCUUGAAAGUGUAAUGUGUUUUGCCAGAUAUUAUGAGAAAUAUUACUAGCGAAACAUUAAUUAAAUAAAAUCCAUGACUCAAUAGCAUCUUACACAAUGUGUACAAGCAUUUUAUAAUUGUCACUUAUCUAUUUUGUCCAUAUACUUGUAAGUGACGGUAAAGAAAAUCUAAAGAAUUAGGAUGUUGUAUAGUCGAUUGAUAAGAUCCUUGUUGUGUUUGUAAUGUCUCUAUAAAAUUUGCUCAUUGAAUGCAAUUUAGUUAUAAGUAAAAGUGUUUAUUAUAAUUAUCAUUCCUUUGAAUUAUAAUGUAAAUAAAAAACGUCUUGUUACUA